AUGUUUUUAUCAGACGCAGUUAACUUUUUGGGUGUUACUAUUGUUGAUCAAAUCGAUGAAACAGAUUCAAGUGAUGGAAGACUUUAUGUUAAAUCCAUAAUGAAAGGAGGUGCAGUUGCACAAGAUGGUCGCAUUGCACCAGGCGAUAUGAUUCUUCAAGUAAAUGAUAUUAAUCUUAAAGAAUUAUUACAUGAUGAUGUUACUGAAAUUCUACGUGAAGCUGUCCAAAAACUUGGGUCACUUGGAUAUUUACAUCGUUAUGUUGGUAGAAUGAGUAUAGGACAAUAUUUAAAUUUAUCUCUAUCCAUACUUCGUGCAUUAAAAUUAUUGUCACGAAUUACAGAAAGAAAAUGA